AUGGACUCCUUGACCACCCAGGUGAGAACUUCGUACUUUGUUUUAGCUCCAAGGGCCUUCGACCACCCUCGGAGGAAGCACUACAUCAACGACAGUUCUGAGGAGGAGGAGGGAGUGGCCGAGGGGAACCCUUUGGCCCAGCUGUUGAUGAAUACACCAGAACCCUACCCUGAAACCCAACUGCUCGUGAGGCAGCCCGACGAGCAUGACACCCCCCUAGAGGAGGAAGGCGACCAUGGAACACCAGGAUACACUCCAUCAUGGCCCUGGUACACAACAACUCGAACACCGGGAUACACUCCAUCAUGGCCCUGGUACACAACCACUGCAAAAUAUGCUUGUGGUGGUGUCCUUCAAUAUUCAUCUGGGACAUUUCAAAGCCCGUUCUAUCCUGGGAAUUAUCCAAACAAUGCAGAUUGUGUGUGGGAAAUAGAAGCAGUGAGCAAUUACCGUAUAACACUUUCAUUUAGAGAUAUCUCAACAGAAGGUGGUAGAUGCCAGCAUGAUUAUAUUGAGAUAUAUGAUGGGCCACUCUAUACCUCUCCUUUACUGGGGAAAAUUUGUUAUGGUUCCUAUCUCACAUAUACAUCGUCCUCAAACUUGAUGACAGUUCGAUUUCACAGUGACUCGAGUAUAACAAACAGAGGGUUUCGUGCUGACUAUUACAUCAUUCCAGCAGAUCAGAAUACUGUUCUUCUGUGCUUGCCAGAAUACAUGCAUGCUGUUGUUAAGAGAGCCUAUCUCCUCUCACAAGGCUACACUGCAGAGAAUGUCAGAUUGAAUGACCCUUAUUGUAAACCAAAGAUUACAACAAACGAUAUUAUAUUCAACAUCCCAUAUAAUGGCUGUGGCACAAGACGAGAGGGAAACAGCAAUACUAUCAUGUAUUCCAACUUGAUCAAAGCAACCUCUUCUGGUUACAUAAUCAAAAGGGAAAAAGAUCUUCACUUGCAUGUCAACUGCAAAAUGCUCCAAAACACAUGGAAAGAAAUCAUGUAUGUUGCUCAGGAUGUGGCUGAGGAUGUUACUGAGGUCAAUGAAACGCAGUACAGCAGAUAUGACGUGAACAUUUCAUUCUACGAAUCACCAUCCUUCUCACGGCCAGUGUAUGACUCUCCAUACUACGUGAGAUUGAACCAGAAUUUAUUCCUUCAAGCUUCAAUUCACAGCUCUGACCCAAAUCUGGCGUUGUUUUUGGACACAUGUGUGGCAUCACCUAAUCCCAGUAGUGUUACAUCCACGACCUAUGAUAUUAUCAGGAAUGGAUGUGCUCGAGAUCCUACCUACGGUACAUACUAUUCACCCUACAGCUCCACCAUACGCUUCAAAUUUAAUGCCUUCAAGUUUGUUAACCAAUAUUCAUCAGUUUACCUGCAGUUUAAAAUGGUGGUGUGCCGGGUAUAUGAUUAUUCUUCCCGAUGCUACCAGGGCUGCAUACCCAGGUCCAAGCGAGAUACAAGCUCUUACCAAGAAAAAGUGGAUGUUGUUGUUGGGCCAAUUGAGCUUUGGAAAGAAGGCACUGAGAACAGGAAUGCUGAGCUGGACUAUUCUGAACAUCAGGAAAAUGUGGAUUCCCGUGGUUCACUUACCACUACUGCUGAUCAUUCCCAGGCUCCAUUUAUUGUUACGGCUGUGGUGCUUGCAGCUGUUAUUUUCACUCUUGUUGGCUUUCUUUUGAAAAGUAAACUGAAGAGACCGAUUCCAUACGAGAUAAUGUGAGACGCUAAAGACACCAGCAUCUGGCAGACAAUGAUAUCUCAGGGCAUUUACAUAAUUAUUCUGUUUCUAGCCUUUGCACUCAAUAACUUUUAUGUGACCAUUUGCGCUUCAAAGAGAAAGUAUGGCAAACACUGUAAUGAGGCUACACUCUGAGUUCUGGUAAAUUCAGACUAGAGAUGGGCCUGAGCUUAAAACCACACAUCCAAAUAACAUGGAAAGCUAGGAAAAGUUUGAAUCCAGAUCCCAAUUCUGUAACCAGCUGCCAUUUCCAGUAAUGGACUGAACCCAAGCCCAGUAUUUGACCUACCAGCUCCCUCCUCUCAAUCUAGAGCCAGACUUUGCACCUCAGGAUCUCUAAUUAGAUCUCUAAUCUAGAUAGUAUUUUUGAUCUAUCUAGUUUUGAUGGUAUUCUGCAGUGAGAUUCAACAGAGAAACUCUUGUAAUAUAAUGAAUGUGUAUGCAGGAAGAAUGGUCCAGAGGUUAGAGCACUAACCUGGGGUGUUAGUUACUGUUUCACCAUAAACAACUUGUGUGAUCCCGGGUCAGUCACUUAAUCUCUCUGGGCCUUAGUUCCCCAUCUGUAAAAUGGGGAUAACAGCACUUCCCUAUCACACAGGGGUGUUGUAAGGAUAGCUACAAAUAAUAUCGUGACGUGCUCAGAUAUUACCAUGAAGGGAGAUAUAGAAGUACCUAAGAUCGAUAGUACUUUGAUUUGACAACUUUAUUCAUAAAAAGGGCAAUCUGAUUUUGGUUUUUAUGUUUUAUGCAUACAUAGUAUAUCUUUUAUGCAUACCUGGCACAUUUCAGUCACUGCUGAUCAUCAAGAUAUUUGGGUGUUAGUGCAAUUUUUCUCCUUCAUAAUCCUCCUUUCACUUCCUUUCAAAACCAAUGUAUCUAACACUCAAAUAUUCUGACAUGGAAAUUGUGGUGAAGAGAUGGGGGGUAAAAUCUACAUGUGGCAACACCAAAUGAUCCAAGGUGGUUAUAUAGAAGAAAGUAUUUUUAUUUAGUAAUCAGCCAUGCCUGGAAAAGAAAUACAGAAAACAUACAUCCAAUUACAUAUGGAAUUGCUAAAACACCCUGUUUCAGAUUAUCUUGAAUGUUGCUCUUUAAGGUUUAAUUUCUCUUUGAGACAAAUGUAAUAGAUUGUGCUAAUUUGUAAAAUGGGAUGAUUUCCAGUCUAAAUGAAUUUCAUAUGUAAACUUAGCAAUUUACAAUCAGAAAUGGAAGUGUUUACAAAGCAAUAUUUCUACUGGUGUGCUUGCAAAUAAAAUGUUUAUGCAUCUGAGUUCUGAACUAAUGCUUUGUGAU